AUGGAUUUGGUCGCUAGUGUACGCAAAGAAGGCAGCCGUGGUGGCCGCAAUGAGUUCAAAUGGUCCGACGUCCAAAGCUCCGUGCACCGCGAGAACUACCUGGGCCAUUCUGUGAUGGCGCCAGUUGGCAGAUGGCAACAAAAUCGUGAUCUAAACUGGUAUGCCAAAGCCGAUGAAGAUGAAGGGGAGCGGCUUCGCAAAGAGCGAGAGGAAAUACAACGCGUCAAGGAGGCCGAGGAGGAAGCCAUGGCUAUCGCCCUGGGCCUGCCGGUGCCGCCAAAAUCAACAGAGAACGCCAACAUGGUUCCUCUAGGAGGUGAAGUCACAGACACAGGCGCGAACGGAGCCGAAGCCCACGCCGGGAAAGAAGGCAUGACCGCGGUGAAGACUCUGUUCGCGACAAAGAACGGAGGCAUCGUCGACAUCACGAUGACCGGGAACGCCAUCACCGUAGCCAUCGUCACAUAUCCCGAUCACGCUCUCGAGGUCGAGACCACCACAGACGCCGUUCAGUCUCCCGAUCCCGGAGUCGACCUAGUCGUAAAGACGAGGAGCACCAGCGGCGACGACGCAUGGAGCGCAGCUACUCGCCAGCACUUAGCCGACGGCACCCAGAACGCAGACGAGACCGAGAUGACCGCCGCAGACAUUGAGCUACAAACCAGGGAUAUGAAUUAA